CCGAUAUUCUGAUUGGUCAAUACGAAGUACUUAUUUUUUAAUAACGACCGCUGAAAGCGAAUAAUGACUCGCACGAGCUGCCUCGUUUUCACUUUCGCUUCAAUCAAAAUAUGGAUUCCACGAAAGCUCGCAAGUUUGCGAGCUAUAGCGAAGAGGACUUAAAGGAGAUAGUAAAUAACUCGGAAUCAGAUAAUACUAAAAGAUUAACAAGAAUUUCAGUCAACGUAUUUCGUGAAUAUUUACGUUCUAAAGAAAUAAGUCCCGAAUUCGAAGGCCUAGCGUGCGAGGAACUCGAUAGUCUGCUGGGGAGAUUUUAUGUGGAACUCCGUAAUAACAAAGGGGAAAUGUACAAAAAAACCACUCUCUUAUCAUAUCGUCAGGGUAUACAGAGAUUUCUGCAAUCUAUUCGUCCAGAUGUUGACAUUAUCAAGGGACCUCUCUUCCGAGAGUCAAACAAGUUUUUCAAAGGGAUGACAAUGGAAUUGAAGAGGCAGGGGCAGGCUAACAUAGACCACCAUCCUCCUGUAUCUGAUGCUGACUUGAUAAAAAUGUAUGACUACCUUUCAAGCUCUGACUCAGCCCAGGUGUUGCAACACAAGGUCUUUGUGGACAUCAUGAUGCACUUUGGUAGAAGAGGCCGAGAAAAUUUAAGAACUCUACGACGAUCAGACUUUUCUGUUAGUACUGAUGGAGAGGGAUGUAUGUAUGUGGAGAAAAUUCGAGAUGAACAAACAAAGAAUCAUCAAGACGACAGCUGCAAAGCAGAAGGCAGAAUGUAUGAAAUUAAAGAUAGUGACCGAUGUCCUUUGAGGAGCUUUGUGAAACUUAUCCGAAGAUUGAACCCACUGUGCCCAUUUUUAUUUCAACAGCCGCGUGCAGCACCAAAAGAUAACGUAUACUUCAAUAAUGUAGUGUUGGGGCACAACAAGAUUGGAAACAUGAUGAGUGCCAUCAGUGAAGCAGCCUCCUUGUCAAGGCGAUACACCAACCAUUCCCUUCGAGCAACCACCGUCCACAUUCUAGACGAAGCACGUGUGCCGAGUAGACAUAUCAUGAGUGUCACAGGGCACAAAUCGGAAAGUUCUUUAAAAACUUACUCGGGUCAAACAACCGAAAGUACAAAACGUUUAAUGUCAGAAACUUUAAGUGCACGUUCAGGAGUCGUGUCAUCAAAUUCAAAGUCUAACGCAUCAUCCACCAUUACCCAGGCUCAAUUACCUACCAAUGCAAAUUUUGAAAUUGGUUUCCCUUUGCCAAAGCCAUGUUCUCCAACUUCGACAACUUGCAAUGAUGAAGCAACCUUGAAUGAUGGUUUAGACAAUAUUUAUGCAAAUAUUCCCCUGCCAAAUGUUCCUGUUUUACCAACCAUGUACAAUUGUUCAAAUGUAACAGUCACCUACAAUAUCAGUUUUAAGAAUAAUCAGUAGACCAAGUACAUGUCCUAGUAUUUUGGUGAAAUCAGUGAAAGAGUUCAUGAACUCAAGAAUAAUAACUUCAGUGAUGUUACUGUUAUUAUUUUUAAUUUUGUUACAUGUUUUGUUAUUAUUGUUUUAAUUGUUGCACAUUGUCAUAAUAUGUUUUAAGGUUAAAAAUAAUGGCAUUUUUAUUGCCUAUAUGAAAUACAU